AGCAGCUUGGAGGAAGACCCGUGGGGUUUUGGGGUUUUGGCGUUCAGUCCUGUGGGGCCGCAGGGCUGAGAGUUUCUCCUCUGCUCCUCAUCCCUCUAUCAUAGCACCUGUCUCCGCCUCUCUUCAUCUCUCUUCGGCUCUCUCCUCCUCUCUUCUGCUGUCUCCUCCUGUCUUUGGGGAAAAGAAAAAAGGCACUUUCCUCGCUUCCAAUUCUCCGUCCUGACUUGCCUCUUUUCUUCUUCUCAUUUUUGGUCCUCUGAGGAUUUUAUUUUUUCCUCCUCCUCAUCCUCCAACUUCAAACUGGGUUUCACCACAGCAGCCAAUAAUUAGAAAAAGUCUUUUUAAAAAAGAGGAAAUCUUUGUCGCUCAGUUGAAAGUUCGAUGAAACGUGAAAAGGAGGAAAGUUGUGAAUAAAUUGUCUGAAGCAGCUUUUUGUUUCUGCUGGACUUUUUUUUUAUCCUUCUCCUCCCUCUUCUUCUCUUUUCCUUAUCCUUCUCUGUCUCCACCUCCUCCUUCUCCUCCUACUUCUCCUCCUUCUCCCCCCCCCCUCCUCCUUCUUCCCCUUGGGCCCGAAGAUGUUCAGCCUCCAGGACAGCAGCCUCCCCCGCGGGGCCACAGCGGGCCUGAAGGAGGAGCCGCUGGCGGUGCGCUCCUGGAUGCACUCGAACGGCGUGGUGGACGCCAACACGGCGGCUCAGAGCGGGGUGGGGUUGGCGCGCGCUCACUUUGAGAAGCAGCCUCCCUCCAACCUGAGGAAGUCCAAUUUCUUCCACUUUGUGCUGGCGCUGUACGACCGGCAGGGCCAACCGGUGGAGAUCGAACGCACGGCAUACGUCAAUUUUGUGGAGAAAGAGAAGGAGCCGAGUGGAGAGAAAACCAACAACGGCAUUCACUACAGGCUCCAGCUGCUCUUCAGUAAUGGAGUGAGAACAGAACAAGAUCUCUACGUCCGUCUGAUUGACUCCAUGACAAAGCAGGCAAUCAUCUAUGAAGGACAGGAUAAGAAUCCAGAGAUGUGCCGAGUUCUGCUGACUCAUGAGAUCAUGUGCAGUCGCUGCUGUGAUAAGAAGAGCUGUGGGAACAGGAACGAGACGCCAUCAGACCCCGUCAUAAUUGACAGGUUCUUCCUGAAGUUCUUCUUAAAGUGUAACCAGAACUGUCUGAAGAACGCUGGGAACCCACGAGAUAUGAGGAGGUUCCAGGUGGUCGUUUCUACGACAGUGAACGUUGAUGGUCAUGUUCUCGCCGUCUCCGAUAACAUGUUUGUACACAACAACUCCAAACAUGGCCGCCGAGCAAGGAGACUGGACCCGUCUGAAGCAGCCACUCCCUGUAUUAAAGCCAUAAGUCCCAGUGAAGGAUGGACGACAGGUGGAGCAACCGUCAUCCUGAUAGGAGACAACUUCUUUGACGGCCUUCAAGUUGUCUUUGGCACCAUGCUGGUGUGGAGUGAGCUGAUCACUCCACAUGCUAUCCGGGUACAGACUCCUCCUCGUCACAUCCCCGGAGUGGUCGAGGUUACGCUGUCCUACAAGUCCAAGCAAUUCUGUAAAGGAGCACCUGGACGAUUUGUUUACACAGCUCUCAAUGAGCCCACCAUCGAUUAUGGCUUCCAGAGGUUACAGAAAGUCAUUCCUCGUCACCCCGGAGACCCAGAGAGACUGCCUAAGGAGGUGCUGCUGAAAAGAGCAGCCGACCUGGUGGAAGCUCUUUAUGGGAUGCCUCACAGCAACCAGGAAAUCAUCCUGAAGCGAGCGGCAGACAUCGCCGAAGCUCUCUACAGUGUUCCCAGGAACCACAACCAGAUCCCGUCGCUUGGCAACAGCGCCUCCCAUGGCAUGAUGGGAGUGAACUCCUUCAGCGGACAGCUGGCCGUCAAUGUCUCUGACAGUACACAAGUUGGUUACAGUCGGAACACCAGCAGUGUGUCACCCAGGGGAUACGUCCCAAGCUCCACCCCUCAACAGAGUAACUAUGGCAACACUGUCAGCAACAGCAUGAGCGGCUACGGCAACACCGGCAUGCCAAACUUAGGAGUGGCAACGUCUCCUGGCUUCAUGAACGGGUCGUCCGCCAACUCUCCCUACGGCAGUAAGUAUCAAGUUGUCCCCUCCAGUCCCACCAUGGCGGUGUCCAACUGUAACUCUUCUCACGGAGUUUUCUCCUUCUCGGCUACCGUCAAACAAAAAAGCGCCUUUGCUCCCGUCGUCCGACCGACGUCUUCACCUCCUCCAACCAACUGCUCCGGAAACAACUCCAAUGGGCUGCAAGCGAUGUCUGGCCUGGUCAUUCCGCCGAUGUAAAACUUCCUCUUGGUUCCUCGCCCCUCCCCAUCAGCCAAGAGCACCAAUCACCUCAGAGGAGGUUGGGUCACAGGCAGCAGCUGGCCAGUCAUGCUGGAGUUCUGAUGCUGUCCAUCCAAUAUAUAAAAAAGAAGCUGCUGCCUCUGAUUGGAUGAAGACGAAGAUGAAUAAAGGACUUGUGUUUGAGUAAAAACUGUCAGGUCACACCUGUGAAGUGACAUCACCCCUCCUGAGGGGUCCAAACACAAGGACACUGAAUGUCUCUGAGGGAACAAACAGUGUUUUAUAGUUAAGCUCUGUCAGGGAACAAGGAAGUAGGAUGCUCCCUAUCUAGGAAGAAGAUACCAAGGACGUUUCCAUCUAUGGAAUAAGAAUCAAAAGGCUUCCUAAAAAGGGCUCAGGGCAAGUGAAAGGAAAUAUGGCUUCGUCCUGAUUGGCUCCCCUGAAAUAAAAACCUCCUGCUGGUUUACCUCUGUUGCUUUCAGGCAAUCAGAAUCACUGUGGGUGAACAAAAGGAUUAUGAAUGGACCUUAUCUUUGCCCCCUCACUAUUUUCCAGCCCCUUCUCCUUUUAGCACCACCCCAGCCUGUCUGUGUUGUUUACUUAUUCUUACAAGUCAUGCAUCCUGAAGCUAGCCUGAGGCUAAUGUCUUUCUCUAUGUCUUCUUGUUCAGAGUUGUCUUUAUAUUCCAGUUUCGCUUCCUUAUCCCAAGCCCCGCCCCGAGCACUUAAAACCUGCGUCUCUAGGCGCCCCUCUUUGGUAUUUUCGGUGUGGGUUUUGUGAUUUUUGCCAAAGUUGUAACUGGCUGAAUAUUUAUACGUCACUGUGGUUGUCUCCCCCCGAACCGCCACCCCCCACCACCACAAUCACAGAGAGAAAGUCUUUUUGUUACAUACAGAUUAUAAAUAGUGUAUUUAUAUCUCUGAUUGUUUUUGUAUUAAUUGUUGUUGAGUCAUUCUGUCUUCGUGGGACUGUAAACAUAUGUGGGUAUGCGUGUGUGUGUUUGUGCGUGGGCGUUUGGGUGUGGUGUCACACUGAAAUCAAACCAUUGUUUUUAUCAAAGAGAAAAUAAAACGUUAAAGUCCACACAUUUAUAAUCUGUCAAUCAAAGCCGUUCCACCUGUUUUUAAUGUGAACUGUUUUAAUUACUGUUGGCUGUAAUGAAAACAAUAAACUCAG